CGCGCGCGCGCGCCUCUUUCUCUAGCUGUCGAGCAUCGCGGAGUAGCGCGUCAUCACAAAGUGAGAUCAGUCGCACGCACGGAGCUUCCGAAGGCUCUCUUAUCGGACUCCGUUUCGGACGAAUGUCGAAAUUCGCACCUCGCUAGCGAUACGUUUGCCAAUCUUAUCUUUAGCGCGCGAACGGUUGCAGCGUGUGAAAUCGCAGCCGUGGUUGUGAGCCGGGACCAACUACCUAGCCGGGUCCAACCGCGAUUCCGCGAACCGAAGAUCGAUGUAGCGAUCCUCGGGCUCGAAUUAUCGUUCAGUUCGUUUCUUCGUUUCUUCGUCCGACACCCGAAGAAGGACCAAGCACGUUGGCAACACCACUCGCAUCCGGAUUUACUUACUAGGUAUCGGCUCAAAAAAUGAUACCAAUAGCAUUUCACCGUGGACACCAACGCGGUAUGCAGUUACGCAUUUACAUCCUAGCCUGUCUCCUAUUAAAGGGGCUGGCUCGAGCCGAAGAGGUCGAAGUUGUGGAAGCGAUUCCGGGAGAGGAUAAUCGAAACGAGAAUUCGGCACUGAAUCGCCAGGAUAACGAAUUAAUUAAUUCCGAUCAAUUGGCAUUGGAUUCUAUUGCGGAUAAGGAUUCUAUAGCGGGAGGAAACCAUUAUAAGUCGGGUGGUCUUCGAGGUCAUCCCUUGCUACCACCGAGUCGAGGUGCUGUGAGUCUGCCGCGUCCGCAUCAUAAUGUCGCUUAUCACGGUCCACCACCGCCAUUGCCGCCGUCUAAAGCGCAAUCGGAAGCCAUGGAUAAGAUCUAUACCACUGGCAGUGGUGUUGGCACCGGGAUUGGCGUCGAACCAUGGCCAGUGCCAACGGUUGAUAUGCCCAAGAUCGUGUCGCUGGAUGUGAAAUGUGAGAAGAGCCUGAUGAAAGUUUAUCUCGGUUUCGAUAAGCCGUUCUACGGUAUAGUCUUUAGUAAAGGUCACUACAGUAACAUUAAUUGUGUACAUCUACCCGCGGGACUUGGUCGCACAUCCGUCAACUUCGAGAUCAGCAUACACGCAUGCGGCACGGCCGGCAAUACGGAGAACGGAUUGUACGGUUACGGUGCCGAGUCCGGAUCCGGGACGUUCUUCGAGAAUAUUAUAGUGGUGCAAUACGAUCCUCAGGUGCAAGAGGUCUGGGACCAGGCGCGAAAACUGCGCUGUACCUGGCACGAUCUGUACGAAAAAUCGGUCACGUUUCGUCCGUUUCCCGUAGACAUGUUGGAUGUGGUUCGCGCGGAUUUCGCCGGUGACAACGUCGGAUGCUGGAUGCAAAUACAGGUUGGCAAAGGUCCGUGGGCUUCUGAGGUUUCGGGACUAGUCAAGAUCGGUCAAACGAUGACGAUGGUACUCGCGAUCAAAGAUGACGAUUCGAAAUUCGAUAUGCUCGUGAGAAAUUGCAUGGCCCACGAUGGCAAACGCGCGCCGAUACAAUUGGUGGACCAACGAGGCUGUAUCACACGACCAAAGUUGAUGUCCAGAUUUACAAAAAUUAAAAAUUUCGGCGCGUCAGCGUCGGUGCUGUCGUACGCUCAUUUCCAGGCGUUCAAAUUUCCGGAUUCCAUGGAGGUACAUUUCCAGUGUACUAUACAGAUCUGCCGAUAUCAAUGUCCGGAUCAGUGUUCGGAAUCGUCGCCGCUUUUGGAGAAUCAGGGUCUUCUGGAGAAUCACCACCAUCACUCCUCGACGGGGAGUAGGCAUCCCGAUGUCGGAUACGCUCUUCCGCCUCCAAUCCCGCCGUUGGAAGCCUAUUUACAGGCAGCGGCUGGACGACCCCGAGACGAAAGGAGGAGGAAAUCCCGAGAGAUCGUACAUAAUCCGCAAAAGGCCGUAGGUGUGAAUCAGAUUAUUCGAGUUGUCUCAACCGGUGACUUGACCUUUUCCAUCGACGAUAGCAACAACGGUGAGCCGAACCAGGGACCAACGAUGGUAUUCCCGCAACGUCAGGAGAACACGGCCAGCUCGACUAUGAUCUGCAUGACCACUCCUGGAUUCGCGAUUACCCUCAUCGUAUUGUUCGCCGUUCUGCUUUCUUCCUGUGUGUUGUCCGCCUACCUCUUUAUGCGUCUCAGGCCCUUCUCGGCGAGAGCCAAGAAAUCCGCGGCGUUUUGUAACGUCGAACAGAACGGUGCGACGAAGAAAUCUUCGAGAACGUGCUUUUACUCAUAGAAAUAGAUAUUCACGCCGAAUCACCCCCGAGUGAUCCUCCGGUGAUCCUCCUCAUAUCUUUGCGCUGGAAGAAUUGGGCUAUCGAAUCGCACAGUCCUCUUCUUCGAAACCGGUUUUUACGUGAUUUUCUCUGCAAUAUCGUGUUGAAACGUGUCCUCGCGAGAGGUUGGUACCUCCGUUGGACGAAUGCGAUCGUGCAGAGAAAAGAAGAUUAGUUUUGGCUGCGAAUGCUUUGUCAAGACAAAAAAUUAGCGGUAAACGGAUAGAAAUCUUCUAUAUCUUAAAUACCUUUGGCCAUUAACUGACAGUAUUUUUUAUAUAUUUAUUUAUUUAUAUGUUUAUCCACAAGAUUUCGAAAUAAGAGAGAUGAAACAUAUACGCAACGGAGCAUUUCUACAAUAAGACCAGGCGAACUUUAUAUAAAACUGGUCUUCGAAAUCGCGAAUCUUCAGGUUUCCUAGAGGCUAUCCGAGUGUCGCAAGCACGACUUUAUGUAAAGCUGCGUUUUUCCUAACGUGAUAACGUCUCCAUAGAGUUGUGCUUCGUCAUAAUGAAACUUAAGCUCAGGCCUUUAUAGGCAAAAACAUAGGCAAUACGCCGAAAAUUUAGUCAAAGAUAAUCAAACCUGUUUCUGCGUUUAUUACUUACCUACUUAUUUAGUCUUUUUCUCUUUUUGGUAUUUGGGAUUCUCGUUUAACAAUGCUCAAUACGCGACUAGGUAAUAAUAAAGUGGAAAUUUCACUACAAAAUAGUCUACAAUAUAGCAUUUAUGUUAAUAAUAAUUAUUGUUAAUAUUAUUAUUUAUAUUUAUUACCUA